AUCAAACCCGUUAAACCCUCCCGUAAACCUCCUUUUCAGCCUCAAGAUGAUAUCUGCCCCUCCCUCGACACCCCCGAACGAACCUCCGCAGGUUGGAGGAGCGUACCGCGUGGAUGUGACUCUCGGUCCUUAUGUACGCCAUAUGCGGGAACCUGCUCUCUGACGCUCGAACUGUGAUCCUGGUGUCGGGAAUCUCAAGCGGUGAUGCGGACAGCAGUGAGGAGCCAGCGUUCGUGGACGAAAAGAUCACGUGUGCACGGGGUGCGGGCAUCUUGGUGGUUUGGUCGUGCUAACAAGUUGCAUAAGCCCCGGAAGCGGUAGAAAGAGGGCGGAGGGGAAAUACUCGGACUAUCCGGAACAUGUCUAUUUUUCCGAACUUUUCUAGCGCUUUGUAGACCCGUUGGGAUUCGGCGAUGUUUCGCGGGGGCGGGAUCAGCUGGAGGAAGAUACUGUUGAGGGGGUUUGUCGGGAAGGGUGCCUUCAUUUUAUUGUGCCGCUCGUUGGAAUUGGGGAAUCGAGGCGAAUUGAUUUGGAUCUGUGGGGUUCUGGGAGGUUGCGGUGGUGAGCAUGAUAUGGUGGGCGGGAUGGGAACUUGGUGGGGUAAAUCACGUGUUGGCAACCGCUGAGUAUCAGUGUCGGAAAAAAAAAGAAAGGUUAGGGUUUCCGAAGAUUUUUUGGUCGCGCCAUACCCUAUCACUCGGACGAUCUGUUGGAUUUAGUGUUUAUCAGAUGUAUCAUACGGUGUUUUGCCAUUUGUUUCCCAACUAGUAGUCUCGUUUCACACUUGGUUUCUCCACCAGUCUUUCGUUCACUUCUCCAGUCGUCGUUAGACUACGAGUACCCUUGAAUUUUCUCAUCUUUUCUU